CACUCACUCACUCACUCACUCACUCACAUACGAACUCCCCCCGCCAUACGCUGACGGAUCUACCCUCCGAUAACGAGACACCCGACUCCGCGACCUCGACCGCGACCUCGACCGCGACAUGGACCGAUAUCUCGAAUGCGGAGGAGAAUGAGAAUGAGAAGGCCCAUCAAUCACCGACUCCUCCUCAAUAACCUCCACCACGCCGCCAUGAUCAACCCCCGAACCACCACCACCCGUCAGCGAUUCCUCCACGACGACGAUCUGGUCCGGGCGACUCCUCCGAGGUCGGCGGCGGGUCCGGAUCCCCAGGUCCACGAUUUCCGAGGGGGUGGCCGUGGAGGCUGUUGCCACGGUUGUGCUGCUGCUGAAGCGUCGGCCGGACGUGAGCGCGAGGUAGAGCAGGUACAGGAGGAAUAUGAACGCGGCGACGCUGCCGAGGACGAUUCCGACCACGACGCCGGGCGAUGGCGAGGAGUUCUGCCGGGCGUAGGUGGACGGGAGGGAGAUGGAGGAUAUGUCGUCGCGGGGUUGGAGUUGAUGGAGUUGUGGGGGCAUUGCUUGGUUGCUUUUCUUUCUUUGGGGGUGGUGUGUUUUAAUUAUUUCCAGAGACAAAGAAGAGGAGGGGUUUUAUUUUUAUUUAUUUUCAUGGGGUACGGGUUGGUUUUAUUUUUAUUUUUUUUUAUUGCUGCUUGGUUGUGGGUGGUUUUUAUUUCGGUGGCUGGGAUGGAUGGAUGAAUGGGAUUAUCAUCAGUAUGUAAAUCUCCUCUGGUCAUAAAAGUCCUUUUGAUCAGCCAACACUGCAAGAUCCGUUCCCAUUCUGGCAGCUCGUUACAACAUUCUGAGACCUCCUCGAUAUCCGAGGUCAUAGUAUGUCUCUUCCCCGUUUGAUCAAUAAGCCAAAAAAGGCAUCUUGCUCGAAUAUCUGCCCAAGAGAGAGCGAUUAAAUUGUGUCAACUACUCCGAUGAAUCGCUUUCAAGGUUGCGAUGCAAGGGUUACCAGA